AUGCUUCUUGUUCAAUUGAACUCCAUUCCAGAUUCGCCAAUUACAUUGAGCGAAAUGGACUGGAGACAGCCCUAUCCCGCCAACUCAAACUUGAGAAACGGGCUGAUGGACGGCCUGCAAAGAGAUGGAGAAUACUAUCCAAGCAGGCCAGGACCAUCGGCUCAAGAGGAAUUUCCUCCAAGUGAAAGCUGGUGGAAAGAAACCGACCCACGGCAGAACUGGAAACCACUGAAAACUGACAACGAACGCCGGGAAAACUGCCGAAUUUCGCGUAUCGAGUCGCGAAAUGAACUUCAAUCGAAUCAACAAGAAAUGGAACCGAGGAACGAAGACGAAUGCCUCGAAAUCGUAGUAACUUCUACGAAGGUGUAUUUCUCGAGAUGCAUGAAUACCAUGCCCGGCACUAUCAUCGACGAGAGAACAUAUUUCUUGAAAGGAGACAUCCCAAUGAUCUACUUCGUCAAUUGUAGUCCCGAACGAUUCGAUACGCUGGAGAAGUUCUGCAGGGAGGCACUACACAUCGAAUCGAGUAGUUGUGAUCAGGAAAUAUGUAGAGAUGGAACGCUCAUUGCUACAAAAAAGAAGACAGUAGAGCGAAUUCGCGACGGACAAUUUCAAGAACGAACCGAAUAUACGUAUAAAUUUCACAAGAGUGCUAAUGUAACCUUCUACGUAGCCAUGCAUUCCGACCACACAUAA